AUGGGAUAUCGAUGGGGACAACACCAAGAGCUCCUACGCAAAUUAUAUGUCGAAGAUGGCCAGUCCUUAGAUUCGGUGAUGCACUACAUGAAGGAGACGUAUGACUUUGUACCAUGCAAACGCCGCUAUCAGACCCAAUUUCGAACCUGGGGCUUUAUCAAGAAUAGUCCAGCAGCAAAGAAUGAACAGCUCGUCAGUCGAAUCAAAGAGCUCUGGGAUGCCAAUGUUCGCCAGUCGAUAAUGUUGGACACGUUACACGCCGAAGGCUUUCGCGUAUCAGCCCUCGAUAUUUCCCGUGUCCGUCGGAAGAAUAAGUGGUAUCUCCGCGCACCUCCUCCAGAACUAACGACAGCUACUUCAAAUGAUCGCGUUGGCAUGAAUACAACAAAAACUAGUCGUGGUAUUGGCACACUUCAAAAAGGCGGUGCUCAAGGGGCAUCAAUCCCACCCUUUGAACGAAAAAAGCCGACCAAGCUGUCCAAAAGCUUGCGUUUUCCAUCUCAGGUAUCGACAUCAAUCGCUCAAGAAAGGAUAGGCAUUGAUAAGCCAACAUAUAAAACCAUGCGUGUUGUCUUCAAGCGCAUUUGCAACGACGAUGGCAUUAUUCGAAAGGCGGAGCCGGGGAUUUCUGUAUGGGAGGCGGCCAAGGUUAAGCUGUGUUCUGAAAUACCUCAACUUCAUAUCGCAAUGGCACCAUCAGCAGACGAGGAAGAGAUCAGGCUAAAGCAAAUAUCCCUCGACGUAAUUUGCAUGGAUGUAGCAAAGGGUAUGCGAGUCUCCCAGGCGACGGACACUGUCACAGAGGUCAGAAAUACAUUGGAAAUAAAUCCGGAGGAAUCCAGGCAGAUUCGUUCGAUAUUUAUGGAGAUUUUGGAAGAAGCCAACUUUGGAUGGAAGUCAAAUGCAUCGCCAGAACAGUGGGCAGAGUUGAACAAGCUGUGGGCAUCGCGCUCCCCUCUUGUUGCCAGGAGUGUGGCAUCUCGUGAAGGCGGCCCAGCAGGAGUAUCGGCUAGAACUGCUGCCUUGGAGUCGAUUGCGAUGAACGGACUCAGAAGAUAUCAAGACAGCAAAACUAAACAAACUACGCGAGGUGCUAACGAGGCGCCCUCUUCCUCAGCUACCAAUGCGCCACAGCUGUCGACUACAGUUACGCUUGACACAGAGAUGCCCAGCUUUGGAGAAGAUGCCGGCGAUCUAUCCUUCCCAGAUGUUGUUGCUUCACAGGAUCCGCCAAGACAGACUCGUCGUUCAACGAGAGCCACCACCAACAUGGCGGUAUCACAGCCACUGGCACAACCCAGUCAGCGGCGAAAUCCCCCCAAGCCAGCUAAGCCCACCAGAAGCAAUGUGCCGGCUGCAAUGACUCUGGCAUCUCAUGUCCACCAUACUAUGCAGUCAACCAUGUCGGCAACAAACGAGCAGACAUUCUUCAUGGCCGCGCCUGCGUUCCCGUCUACAGUGUAUCAGCAGACUGACCCUACAUCAACGCUCUUUUACCAGACUCCGGCAGCAUUUGCGGUUUAUUUCCGUCUACAUCCAUCGUCAAGUUUUGCGUCCGCUGCAAGCCUCUGGAUAUCUACGCUGAGAUCCUCAUCUGUUCAUGAUCUACGUGUGGCUGCUGCCGCCAAGUUCCCGGGGACAAUGUGUCUGCGGGUCGAGGGUAUCGUCAAGGACGGGAACGGGGGCGAGAUCCCGCUUCAAAUCAACCAGGACGAUGAGAUGAUGGCGUACAUGGAGCACCUGCAGGGUUCAACGCCUACUUUCAGUGUCCAGCUUGUGUGGAAAACAUCGUAG